UCUCAAUUCGGCUUACUGCAUUGCUGGAGCCGCGUCGUAUACACUUUUAUGUUGGUGCGUAUACGUCAAAUAAGCCUCGAUCGCAAUUUGUGAUUUGUUGAAGCGUCGAGAGGCACAUAUGCUUGUUUUGAUCAAUUCCUCAGAAUUCGUUAUAAAGGAAUUUGAGCCGGAUUAUUUUGAACAAUCCUUCAUGUGCACCCCUGAGUGCAAAUUGUAUGGUUUGUGUGCGUAAAGAAGCAGAAACGUCUUUACACGACAUGCCGGCGACGCCCAUUGAGGAUUGUUAGUCAUACUCUUUACACUGUGGAGUGGACGCUGCUGCUCUUGGGAGUGCAAGCCAGCUUUACAAGCAGUUGUGUGAAAGAGAAAUUUAGUCGAACCCCGGGACGAGCAGUGCAAAUUCUACCUGCGAUUAUCGCACCAUCGGAAAGACUUGCAGGUGUUGUCGGGACUUGGACACCAUGGACAGCAAAGGCAGAAAAGUCAUCGUUUGUGACAAUGGAACGGGGUUUGUCAAAUGUGGUUAUGCAGGAGCAAACUUUCCUGCUCAUAUAUUUCCAUCGAUAGUUGGACGUCCCAUUAUCAGAGCAGCCAACAAAAUAGGAGACAUCGAUGUUAAGCAAGAACUUUCUGUCCGUGAUCUUAUGGUUGGUGAGGAGGCAAGUAAAUUGCGAUCCAUGUUGGAAAUAAGUUAUCCAAUGCAAAAUGGGAUUGUAAGAAAUUGGGAAGAUAUGUGUCAUGUGUGGGACUACACUUUUGGACCAGAAAAAAUGAACAUCAAUCCAAGGGAAUGUAAAAUCCUAUUAACAGAACCACCCAUGAAUCCCAUAACAAACAGGGAAAAAAUGAUUGAAGUAAUGUUUGAAAAGUAUCAAUUUGCCGGGAUGUAUAUUGCAAUUCAAGCAGUGCUGACGUUGUAUGCACAAGGCCUGAUUAGUGGUGUUGUUGUCGAUUCUGGUGAUGGUGUUACACACAUUUGUCCAGUCUACGAAGAGUAUGCAUUGCCCCAUCUUACACGGCGACUGGACAUUGCUGGUCGCGAUAUCACGAUGUAUCUUAUCAAGCUAUUGCUCCAACGUGGUUAUGCUUUCAAUCAUUCCGCUGACUUUGAAACCGUAAGAAUGAUCAAAGAAAAGCUGUGUUAUAUUGGUUAUGAUAUUGAGACAGAAGAAAAACUAGCACUCGAGACUACCGUUCUAGUAGAAUCCUAUACAUUACCUGAUGGUAGAGUUAUUAAAGUCGGCGGUGAAAGGUUUGCUGCUCCUGAAGCACUUUUUCAACCACACCUUAUCAAUGUGGAGGCUCAGGGUAUCGCAGAACUUGUUUUCAAUACAAUUCAAUCCGCAGAUAUUGAUAUGCGGAGCGAGCUUUACAAACAUAUUGUUCUCAGUGGUGGUAGUACUAUGUAUCCUGGAUUACCAUCAAGACUUGAACGAGAAAUCAAACAGCUGUAUCUACAACGAGUACUUAAAAACGACAUCUCUAAACUCAAUAAAUUCAAAAUUAAAAUCGAAGAUUCACCACGAAGAAAAGAUAUGGUAUUUAUUGGUGGAGCAGUAUUAGCCGAAAUAUCUAAAGACCGCGACAACGUUUGGAUUCUACGCGAGGAGUACGAGGAAAAAGGAUUGAAUGUUAUGAAAAAACUAGGCUCGCGUUACGCCUGAGAUUAAGAAGAACCGUCCCAAACUUCAUGCUGUAAGAGAUAAUAGAAGAAAUGCAUUUACUAGUACCUAUUAUAUGUGAAAACUGCGUUUUUUUGUCACUGAUACGCGUAUGUAUAUAACAUACAGUGACGAUAGACGGAGAUGAACUACAUAGGCGUAGAUCGUGUAUAGAGCGUACUCUUCUAUGCAGUUAGCUGUUAGCUGCAUAAUUUAGUUCACACAUAGGAACGAGGAGUGACGAAAAUCUAAUAGUAAAAACUAAUCUAUACUUGAAAAAAAUAUAUAUAUAAUAGAUACGCUCAAAGUGCAUACAGUUUUUAUAAGAAGAAUAAAGUCAUAUUUAUUAAUUUCUUUUGUUAUUCCAGCGUCGAUGAUUGUAUCAUGUGCCGAGCAGUAUAAUCUUGACGUUUUAUUUCUGCAUCGACAGAAAAUGUGCAUUUUUUUUCAUACGAGGGAUGAUUCAAUGACAUUCCGAAACUUUUUUCCGUCGAUGUGUAUAAUUUUGUAAAUAUGAAUCUAACUUUUAUUAUUAUACAUUAAAGAGAGAAAAAAAACAAAUGAUGAU